CCCUGCGAUUUUAAUCAAAAUAAACAGAACAAACACGACAAGGAUAUAUUAAACACGAAACAGUAUUCGUUUUUCAAAAUUUAAGUCUUCAUAGCCAAUGCACACAAGAUGGAGCACUUUGAUGCGGUGAUGGAAGAUAUUGCUCACGCCCACAGGUUUCGGAAGGGUCCAUCUCUUUGCCACUCUGACGCUCGGUCUCCUGCAGAUGCUCACCAUCCAAGAAACAAUGGGCAUGGGUAUUAUUGGUCCGGCGGCCGUCUGCGACCUCCGCAUGAAUGAGGCACAGUUGGCCUCGCUAACAGCGGCCGGCUUUAUGGGCAUUAUAUGCUCCUCCUACUUCUGGGGCUACAUCACUGACAAGAAAGGUCGUCGCUGGACGCUUUUGCGGACCAUUACUAUAAGCAACUUGUGUUCAGUGGCUUCCAUGUUCACGGUAACAUUCACUGGCUUCUUUGUGAUGCGCUUCAUCACAUGUAUUUUUGUGGCUGGACCCAGCUUCGUGGCAGCCACCUACCUAAGUGAGUUCUGUUCGCACAGGAUUAUGGUCCGUUCCAUAACUCACUUGUACAUGUUUACUGGCUUUGCCAUGAUCUCGUGCCCGGCGUGGGCUACACUCUUUCUCAGCUCGGGCCUAAUAGAGUUUGAGGAGGAGUUAGUGGGCUUCUUGACACUAAGACCUUGGCGGGUUUUGGGUUGUCUGUACAUUCUGCCGGGCGUGGUUGCCUUUUUGCUGUUGCUCCUUUUGCCGGAAAGCCCCAAGUUUUUGCUCAUGAUUGGCGAGACGAAAAGAGGUUUAGAUACUAUGGAGUGGAUAUCCCGAAAGAACACUGGACGUACUCUUAGCGAAGAUCAAGUGAAACGUUUACUCACCUACCAGGAGCACGUUCAGGUCAAGCGGCGGAAGGAGCACCAGAACUUCUUUCGCUCCAUGCUCGACGAUGCGAUGCCCCUCGUUCGGAAGCCCUAUGGCGGUUAUUUCACGUGCGUUUGCAUGGUUAUGUUCGUCCUAGGGCUGCUGACACACGGCCUGGGUAUUUGGUAUACGGCCAUGCGAAACCGUUGUAAUAUGAGGCAAGGGAACACGAAUGGCAUGACCUUCUGCGGGGUACUUUUUGUUCCAGAAACGGGUCCGUUUAUUGAAACUGAAUCGGACUUGGACGUGGUCUGCAGUGACUCCUUUAAGGGCUUCAACGAUUCCUUUAUUCUGGGAUCUGUCUAUGUAUUGCUGUACAACGUAUCCUGGGCAUCGCUAUUCUGCGUGCACAAGAAGGUGAUGUUCGUCUUCUCCCUGGUGGCCUCCUCGACAUUUGGAUUCCUGCUUAUCUUUGCUACCAACCAAAUGUUGCAGCUCUUUUCGCUCGUGUUCCUAAUCGCUUUUCCCGGAAUCAUAAUUGGGCUGCUCGGUGGUUCCCUAUUGGUAUUCGUGCCCACCUACCUGCGCGGCAAGGCCCUCUGCAUCAGUCUGAUGUGGUGCAGAUGCGGAGCGGCGUUUGGAGCCAUGUUGGUGGGCUCCAAGAUCCAGUACAACUGCGAACUCUUCCUGCUGGCGAUCUCAAUACUACCAUUGAUUGCCGCUUGUAUGGAGGGGUACUUGCCAUUGUGACUUAGGGGAAUAUGUAAAAUAUGAGGA